AUGAAAAUCUAUCAGAGACGCCAACAGAAGCAUGAGUCAUUCCACGAGUUCUACUUCGAAAUGGAGAAGCUGUUUCGAACGAUGAGUUGCCAGAUUCCAAAUGUUGAGAAAAUGCAAAUCAUUCAACAGAACAUGCGGAUUGAUUAUAAGCGGCAGAUGACUUUUCUUCCUAUCGCUGAUCUGGAGACCCUAGUAGCAGCAGGACAAAAGCUCGAUGCUUUGAAUUUCUCCGCCUACAACAAGGUUUUCGGUGUGGAUCGAACCGUUCAAGCGGUUAACCACAAAGAAGCUAGCGGGAAAAAUAAGCAAAAGGGUCUUUUGAGCUUUACAGCUUUGCAGGAAUCAGAUCAGAUAGCGAGUGUAAGUCCAUCUACGCAAUACAACUCCAAUAGGAACAACCGUCCAUCAAAUCCCUCUCAAAAUUCCGUUACGAAACCCAACACUGCAAAUAAUCAGUCAACUCAGCGUGUAAAUACUCCGAUUCGGAGCCCUUCUAAGGAACCCACGCCAAGUCCUCGUGCAGGACCAUCAGGUACUCAAUCGCGACCAACACUUACACUAGAAGAAGUGGUAAACAACCAUGCGCCGCCUCCGAAUAAUACCUGCUACAACUGCGUCGUCAGCAAUCAAACUCCUCCACCCUUUUGGGAGUCUGCUCCAAGCAAUCUCUAUGUCAAUGAUGCCGAUGUUUGUCAAAUUACCUACCCUUUUGAAAACGAUAAUCGUCCUUAUAUGGCAGUUCGAAUCUACGGCUUUCCUAUACGUGCAUUGCUAGAUAGUGGAAGCAAUUACACUAUUAUUAGCGAGGCGAUCUUCUCCAAAUUAAACUCUAAACGGUUACAUAAAACACCGGGCAACAUUUUCCUCAGAUCUGCCAGUGGAGAUCCAUUACAAGUUAUUGGUCAAGCCCAGCUUCCGUUUUCAGUGGACGGCAAAAUAAGGAUUGUUCCUACGUUAGUAGUCGCUAAUCUUACCAUUGAUUGUAUUUGUGGUAUGGACUUCUGGAGAAAAUUCAACGUCCAGCCCAAAAUGCUCUCUAAUGUGACAAAAGCGACCAUCUCCACCGUGGAGGAAUCUUUAAAUGAGUCCGUUCUGUCCGACGAUCAAACUAGGGUAAUCGAGCAAGUGAAGAAAGAGUUUCUUCCGGCUAGGGAGGGUAGUCUCACCUUAACUCCUCUCGCCCAACAUCGAAUUGUCCUAAAGGAAGAAUGGAGAAAACAUCCGCCUGUCCGACAAUUCCCCUAUUGUAUGUCCCCAAAAACGCAAGAGUUGGUAGCCGUUGAACUAAAAAGACUAUUGGACAUCGGAAUCAUCGAAAGGAGCCAAUCGGAUUGGUCUCUCAACUGUGUUCCAGUGAUUAAACCCGGCAAAGUCCCCCUUGACCUAGAAUCCAGGAAAUAUACCGCGUUCAGUGUGCAGGGCAAAGGGUUGUUCCAGUACACCAGAAUGCCUUUUGGUCUCAUCAACAGUCCGGCCACACUGGCUAGACUGAUGGACACCGUUCUUAGCCAUGGUGUACUGGAACCGUACGUUUUUGUGUACCUCGAAGACAUCGUCGUGGUCACAGAAACCCAAGCAAACCUUACCGAAAAUCUGGAGAAGUCCAGCUUUGAAGUCUCUGAGGUCCCAUUCCUAGGAUACCUGUUGAGCACAAAUGGUCUGCGGACAAACCCAGACAAACUACGUCCAAUAGUUGAGUACGAACGACCAACAACCAUUACGAAGCUCCGACGGUUCCUAGGAAUGGUGAACUACUACCGGAGAUUCAUAGCGGACUUCAGUGGAGUGACUGCACCAUUGAGUGACCUCCUUAAAACAAAAUCUAAGGUGAUUCGCUGGAACGACUCUUGCGAAGAAGCUUUCUGCAAAAUAAAAGAGCUUCUGAUUUCCUCUCCUAUUCUUGGCAGCCCAGAUUUCACAAAGGAAUUUGUAAUCCAGACCGACGCUAGUGACGUCGCAGUGGCUGGAGUCUUGACGCAGGAGCAGAAAGGAGGCGAAAGAGUCAUUGCAUAUUAUUCUCACAAACUUACCACUCCACAGAAAAACUACCACGCUGCCGAAAAGGAAGCGUUGGCAGCAAUUCUAGCCAUCGACGCCUUCCGAGGCUAUAUUGAAGGCUACCAUUUUACGUUGAUCACGGAUUCAUCUGCGCUGACUCACAUCUUAAAAACCAAGUGGAAGGUUGGAUCCAGAUGUAGCAGAUGGUCACUAGACCUGCAACAGUUCGACAUGACCGUGAUUCAUCGAAAAGGCAGAGAAAACGUUGUCGCUGAUGCUCUGUCGAGAAGCCUAGUUGCCACGCUGGAUUCAACCGAUUCCUCUUGGUAUUCGUCUAUGAUGGACAAGGUGAUGAGUCAGCCAGAUGAUUACGUGGACUUCAAGGUGGAAAACGGUCUCCUCUUUAAAUUUGUCUCCGCUCAAGAUCAUCCAUACGAUUCUCGCUUUGAGUGGAAAAUCAUUCCACAAACAACAGAGAUCCCCGGAAUUUUAAAAGCCUCCCAUGAUUCUUGUCUUCAUCCGGGCUACGAAAAGACCCUGGCACGAAUCCGUCAGCGAGAUAUGCAGGACCUGUGA